GCUGCCCCGGCCGCCGCCGCCGCCCCUGCCGAGCUCCCCGGGCCGCACGUGGCGGUCCCGCCCCCUCGGCCCCAGCUCCCGGUCCCGGCCCCCAUGAGCUUCCAGAGCCGGCACCAGGCGCCGCCGCCCCGCGGCCGGCCCGGAGUCUCCUGCGCGCUGCGGCAGAAGCUCAUCUUCUCCCCGGGCAGCGACUGCGAGGAGGAGGAAGAAGAAGAGGAGGAGGAGGACGAGGGCAGCGGCCACAGCACCGGGGAGGACUCGGCCUUCCAGGAGCCCGACUCGCCGCUGCCGCCCGCCCGCAGCCCCGCAGCCCCGGGACCCGCCUCCGAGCCCGAGCCCGGCAGCAGCCGGCGCGCCCGGCCCCCAGCUCCGGGCCCGCGGGAGGAGGAGAUGCCGCCCGCCGACGGGGGAAGUCCCGGGGACGGGGACACUGGCGGCGCCGAGGGUGACUCGUGGGAAGAGGAGGGAUUCGGCUCGUCGUCCCCGGUCAAGUCCCCCGGCGCCUCCGCCUCCUACUACCUGAGCAGCCCCUUGUCGCCGCUCCGCGGGGACCGCUCCCCGCGCGGCCGCCAGCGCCGGGACGGCUCGUGCUCGCCAGUGCCCGACUACCCGGGCACGCCGCCGCACAAGACCUUCCGCAAGCUGCGGCUCUUCGACACGCCGCACACCCCGAAGAGUUUGCUAUCCAAAGCUCGAGGAAUAGAUUCCAGCUCUGUUAAACUCCGUGGUGGUUCUCUGUUCAUGAGCUCAGGAAGAUCAGAAAAACAAGGUUUUGACAUGAGACAGACCCCUCAAGUGAAUAUUAAUCCCUUCACUCCAGAUUCAUUGUUGCUUCAUUCUUCUGGACAGUGCCGGCGCCGGAAGAGAACACACUGGAAUGACUCCUGUGAUGAAGACAUGGAAGCAAGUGAUGGAGAGCUUGAAGAUGAGACUACCAGGCCUGCCAAGAGAAUUACAAUUACAGAAAGUAACAUGAAAUCAAGAUAUGAAAGUGAAUUUCAUGAACUGGAGAAGAUUGGGUCAGGAGAAUUUGGCUCAGUAUUUAAGUGUGUAAAGAGGUUGGAUGGAUGUAUCUAUGCCAUAAAGCGAUCAAAAAAGCCAUUGGCUGGUUCUGUUGAUGAACAGAAUGCUUUAAGAGAAGUUUAUGCUCAUGCAGUACUUGGACAGCAUUCUCAUGUGGUUCGAUACUUCUCCGCGUGGGCAGAAGAUGAUCACAUGCUGAUACAGAAUGAAUAUUGUAAUGGUGGAAGCUUAGGGGAUGCCAUAAGUGAAAACUACAGAAGCAUGAAUUAUUUUUCGGAAACAGAACUUAAAGAUCUCCUCUUACAAGUUGCUCGUGGCUUGAAAUACAUUCACUCGAUGUCAUUGGUACACAUGGAUAUUAAGCCUAGUAAUAUUUUUAUAUCUAGAGUGUCAAUCCCAGGUACAACUGAGGAAGGGGAUGAAGAUGAUUGGGUAGCCAAUAAAGUCAUUUUUAAAAUAGGUGAUCUUGGACAUGUAACGAGGAUAUCUAGUCCUCAAGUAGAAGAAGGUGAUAGCCGCUUCCUUGCCAAUGAAGUUUUACAAGAGAACUACACUCACUUGCCAAAGGCAGAUAUUUUUGCGCUGGCCCUCACUGUGGUGUGUGCUGCUGGCGCCGAGCCUCUCCCCACCAACGGAGACCAGUGGCACGAAAUACGGCAGGGAAAGCUGCCCCAUCCCCAGGUCCUCUCACAAGAACUGACGGAUUUGCUGAAAGUCAUGAUACACCCUGACCCUGAGAGGAGGCCCUCUGCCGUAGCCCUGGUCAAGCACUCGGUGCUGCUCUCUGCCUCCAGGAAGAGCGCUGAGCAGUUACGCAUCGAGCUGAAUGCAGAAAAAUUCAAGAACUCCCUCCUGCAGAAAGAACUAAAGAAAGCACAGAUGGCAAAGGCGGCUGCAGAGGAGCGUGCACUAUUUACAGACAGGAUGGCCACUCGGUCCAGCACCCAGAGUAACAGAACAGCGCGACUCAUUGGGAAGAAAAUGAACCGCUCCGUUAGCCUGACCAUAUAUUGAACUGGACCAUGGACCUCUGCCUUAAACCUGUGACAAGAGCUGCAAAGAUGGCCUCUCAUUGCCCUCACUUGUUCCAUCUUCCAUGUCUAUAGUUUGACUGAAACCCCUUUUGUGGGUUUUCCUGGUGAAUUUGGAAGCUGUGUUCUGACCAGUGGUAUUUAUCUUGGACUCGGUAUCUGGUCUUUGGGGUCAGUUUACCCAGGCCCGCGCCCGCUCCAUGUUUUACCAGCUGUCCCAGGGUUAACCACUAUUGUGGUCUGCUGCUUUGAGAUUGCUAUCGCAUGGCGCACUAGAAGGCAUUGAUCUCUCCCUUACAUCAAUCAGGAGGACUGUAUGGCCGUAUUGCAAGUCAGAGUCUGCCUUUUUAAAAAGGAAAAUAUGUGCUGAGGUGACUCGGUACCAACCCCCGUAAUGUACCUGGUGUCAAACCUUUUUUUGUUUAAUUGUGAAUUUUACUUGUAUAUCCAACUGGGAGCACUUUGUAGGCAUUACAUAACCCAUGGGAGGAUGGUCCCAUGGGAGUAUUUGCCUUGUGAAUUUGCUGCUAUCUUAGUUUUGUCUUUGCUGUAAAAUUGUAGCAUUAAAACAAUCAUUGUUAAUAGGCUUUCUGUUGAAACAAUUAUGUGACACAUAUAAGCUGCUCAGGAAAAAGCAGCUUUCUCUCCCUUUUUUUCUUGGAAGCUAGUGCAUUAGAAAGAUGCACCUUUGUCUCUUUUUGGACUCUGUAUUAAUGUAGUAUAAUUAUUACUGGUUUUGUAAUUCUUCCCAAUAAUGGCCUUCCUGUCCUACCCUUUCCAAUUUUUAAAGUGUUUCUCCCUCUUUCUUUUCCCUACUCCCAAGUAUUUGUACUGGGCUGUACUGUUAGUCUGUUUUUAAAUGUUUUUUGCCUGGUUUUUCUUUGAUAUUCAUGUAUAUAAAUUGAUUUUGCUGAUACUGUACAGACUUACAAUCUGAAAUACCUGAAUGACUUCUCACUAUUCCAAGUUCUUCAAGAAACAUAACCUUGACUGUAAAUUAGCCUCUUGAACUAAUAAUACAGACUGUUAGUGGAUUUAGUGGGUUGGAUAUUGCCCCAAAUAGAAUUGGCUAUUAUUGGUUUGUUUGUCAUUAAUUUUGGUUUCAAACAUGUUUACAUUUGUCUGGGUUCAACUUCUAUUUUUAUUAGUGUUGAUGAGCAUAUUAAAAGUCAUUCGGAGCUUA